CUGCCAUGUGACUUAGCACAAGUUCCCAAGUGGUCUUUUGACGGCAGCUCUACUGGACAAGCAAAAACUGAAAAAAAUUCGGACACAUUAUUAAUUCCUUCAGCAGUAUAUAGAGAUCCUUUUCGAAAAGCCCCUCACAUCGUGGUUCUCUGUGAAACAUACUAUGGAGAUGGGACACCAACACCAACCAAUUAUAGAGCCAAUUGUGCUAAAGUUCUUAGUAAUCUUUGCGAUCAAGAUCCUUGGUUUGGUAUAGAACAAGAAUAUACCAUGUUUGAUACGGAUCUGUGGCCACUGGGAUGGCCAAAAUGCCGUGGGUUUCCAACAAUUAAAUCAAAGUUUUCAUAUUGUGGAACUGGCGAGCAUGUAGCUGGAAGAGAAAAUAGCCGAAGUCCACGCAAGAGCUUGUAUUUAUUCCGGUAUAGAUUAUGGAGGUUCCCCAAUGCUGAGGUUAUGAAGGGAUCUUGGGAGUUUCAAGUCGGAACUUCUUCUGGUAUAAAGGCCGCAGAUGAUUUGUGGGUGGGCAAGAUAUUUUUUGAAUAG